UCGCCUCUCUCUUGCUCAGCUGGGGAGGGCCCAGUCCACCGCGCAACAGGAGAAACGCCACAAAACCUGAUUGUGCAAUCGCCAGAUGAGAAGUAAACUACAGUAGAAUCAAAGAAACGCUAUGAACUUGGAAGCCAUCUCCGUCUGAAUAGUCCCAAUCCCUCCUACGCCGGAGCUCUUGCCUUGCCGGUUUAUAUUCACUCGGUUAAAAACCCUCCCCUUUGAUUGAACAGCAGCCAAGAUGAGCAGGGAAUGGUUUGUUCCACCGCCCUUCUAUUUCCCCUCCCCGGGUCGCCGUCGGUUGGUACAGCCGCGAAGCUUCGCUGGCUGGCAGCGGCGGAUUCGGCCGCCUCCCUCUUUCUUGCCGCCGCCACCGUUGCAGGCGGACUCUUCUUUACAUAUUGUUGAACCAUAAGAUGAAAUGACUCACACUGCUCCAAAGCUAUUUGUGACUACUUUGACUAGAUCAAGGCCUUGCUUCAUACUAUUCAGCCUUUUGACGUUACAGAAACAAAGAAAGAAUGGCAACUUUUUACAGCAUCUCAAAUAUGCAACAGGUGUCACACAAGAAGAAGAGAACAAAGCCGCUGUGGAAGACCUGGCCAAGUUGUGUGUGGAUGUCAACAAGAUCCGUAGGGUGAAGCCAUGGUUGCUUUUUAGAAAGAUGAUGUAUGUCAAAGAAACAGCUAAAAUUCUGCAAGAAAUAGGAGCUGAUGAGACUUCUGUGGCACAUAUUUUUGAAUGCUAUCCUGAAGCCAUCCUGUGUUGUCCUAGAGAUAUCAGUUGUCAAAGAGACCUGUGGUUAUCUGUCUGCAAAAAUGAAAAGCAAUUAGUUGAAUUAAUAAAAAGAUUUCCUGAUCCUUUUUUUACAGUUGAACACUAUGAAAACCAGAAAGCCAAUGUUAGAUUCUUUAAAGAUCUGGGACUAAAGAAUAUAGUUAUCAGCAGGCUCCUAAUAAGUGCAUCAAACAUUUUUCACAAUCCUGUGGCGAAGAAUAAGGAUAUGAUAGAAACCUUGCACAGUAGCUACCUAAGACUAGGUGGUUCACAGGAGAAUAUGAAAAAAUGGCUACUAAAAUUACUCUGUCAAAAUCCAUUUAUUUUGUUAAAUACCACUUCCAGUGUCAAAGAGAACUUGGACUUUCUCCAGAAGAACAAAUUUACUGAUUCAGAGGUUUUAAGUCUGAUGUCCAAACUCAAGGGGUUUAUCAUACAGCUUAACCCAAGCACUAUGCAGAACAGCCUGUUUUUCUCAAAGAACAUCUUCAAGUGUACUGAUCAAGAGUUAAAAGAGCUAAUAAUAAAAUGUCCUGCCCUUCUCUACUACUCAGUUCCAGUUCUGGAAAAAAGAAUUGAGGAAUUAUUGAAGGUGGGGAUUUCUAUAGACCAAAUUAAAGAUACACCCGCAGUAUUAGAACUAUCAGCAGAAAUAGUGCAAUACAGGAUAAAAAAAUUAGAUUCAAUAGGAUUCCAUUUAAAGAGUGGAACUCUAGAAUAUCUGAGUGGGACAAAAAAGGAAUUUGAAGCCACUUAUGGAAAGGUACAAGAAAAAAAGGAGAGACCAUUGUUUAACCCAGUUGCUCCUUUAAAUGUUGAAGAUUAAUUUCUGGAGCCUGCUUAAAAAAUGUUAUAGGAAUUCUACUGAAUUGCUUAUUUUGUGGUUUUUAUUUAUUUAAACUUUUAUACUGCCUGAUUUGUGUGAGGCACUAUGCUGGGUGGUUAAAAAUUAAAUCAAAGCAUAUACAAUAGUCUAAGAAAAACAGCAAACAAUAAAGACAUAACAUGAUAAGAUCCAGUCAAUAAACAACAUAAAACAAACCAAGUACUGUGCCAUCAGACAACAGUUGGAUAGGUGGCACACAUUUGGCAAAUUUAUGGGAAGAUACCCUUGAAAGCUUCUGUAAAAAGCAAUGUCUUAUGCAAUCUCUUAAAGGUUGAGAGGGAGGGGACCAGGUGCAGCUCAACCAGAAGACAAUUCGAAAGAGAUGGUACCAUAGCCAAGAAGGCUUAAUUUCUGGUGGAUGUCUCUCUGACCUCCCUUGGUAUAGUAAUCCAUAGGAGCACGGCCUGUGAGGAUCUGGUGGUGCAGGUCAGUAUUCUUGGGGAAAGGUACUCUGACAGGUAAUGAGGCCUCAAACUGUGAAGGGCUUUGUAUGUAAGAACCAAAACUUGAAAUUUCACAGACAACCAGUGUAAGUGAGCCAAGACCGUUGAGAUGUGGUCAAAUUUACACACCCCUGACUCCAUUCAAUGGUGCUCCUUUCUAAACCUGCUAUAGUUUCCAGGUCAGUCUCAAGGGAAACCCCAAAUAGAGAGUGGCUACAGUAGUCAAUCUUCGAGAUCAUGUGCACAUGCAACAAUUUCCUUGGGGUCCCCUUAGCCAUCUGGGGCAGAGGUGAGCAGUCUGCCUUCAUUAGUUUCCAGGUUGUACACAGAUGCAAUCUGAGAAUCCAAUAAAAAAGCUGGAUCCGGGAACAUGCCUGAAUUCAAUCCCUAAGUAGAACAGUUAUCGCAUCCAAUUUAGGGACACAGUCUCCUAGUCUGUCAGAAAGCCCCCCCAGAAGGAUCUCCAUCUUAUUUGGAUUCAGCUUCAGUCUGUUAGUCUUGGCCCAUUCCAGAACUCAGGCCAGGCAGUGCUCAAGCACCCAGAGAGCAUACACUGUAGAGCCGUGGUCCCCAACCUUGGGCCUCCAGAUGUUCUUGGACUACAACUUCCAGAAGCCUUCACCACCAGCUCUAUA